AGAAUAUUUUAAAAGUCGAAGGUACACCGACAUGGACUUCUUAUUUCUCAUCCUUGUUUUCCUAAAUUCUGGAUUUCUAUUCUCAGAGGCGGUUCGUCCUUCAUUCUCUGUAUUUGUGUCAGAUGACUUUUUAUUGGUUGGCCGAAGUGUCAAAAUCACUCAAAAAACCACAGUGACCGAAGCAACUCCCUUUCGCUACAAGAUCAAGCUGCCAUUCAAUGAGACAGCCUACAUGAGGAUAUUAGGUCUUACUGUCCAGACCAAUGACAGCCUGCAGAUUACUGGCAAUAAAGUGCCAAAUUUGACGUCUUCCUCUGGGGAUGAGAAUCUUAUAGACGAAGCAACAUUUGACCUGGGUCAAGUGACGCCUAGUGGAUCCAUGGAUAUCGUAGUUACAUUUGUGGCGCAGCUCCUCGAUCAUCCAAAACUUACAAACGGUGAGAAAGUGUGGAUAAGUAUUGGGGCCGAGUUUACGAAUGGAUCCAUCUGGGCCAAUCAGCUUGCUGUUAGUGGCUUUAAGAACUUUGAUCCUGAACCAGUCCUGAAAGGCAGUGCGCAUGUGCCACAGAUGGACCAGAAUGAAGUAGUGACUGGGUCGACCGUAGACAUCAACUUCCGGUUGACCCACGAUCCCAUCAAGACCACGUCCAUCGCAAGCGGCAUCAACAUCACAUUCUUCCAUCCUCCAUACUUGGUAUUUGAUUCCAUGGCAAAGGACCCCAAGUCGGUACACGCUCAAGUGAUCAGUAACUCGAUCAGCACACGAACUCUAUCGGUUGGCUCGUUUAAUUUCUCCGAAGUUGCGCAUUUCAACAUGACCUUUCAAGUCGAUCCUGCAAAAACUAAACCGAGAGGUCAGGUCCACGCAGCCUUCGUUCGCAUCGAAGUGAAAUAUAGCUUUACAUCACCCUUCUAUCCGGACCCACGAGAGAUGAACAUGAAAAAAGCUUUGCAAAACACAAUCAAGUUUUAUCCUCAAAGAGAUUCUUGCGACGUAGCGCUGGCAGUAGCUGACGAAAAUUUCGAAGCUUCAUCGUACUCCACUGAGGGACCCCCAAAAGAAGGAAAGCUUAACGGACCAAAGGCCUGGGUACCAGUUACCGCUUUGAAGAAAGAUCGUAAUCAGUUCAUCGGGGUGAAUUUCACGGGACUCAAGAUCAUCCACAGGAUUGCAGUCCAGGGAUCUGGUGACGGCCUCUCGACUUCCGGUUACGUCACUGGCUUCCGUGUAUUCUACAGUAAAGACUGCGCGAUGUGGACGCUCUACAAGAACAAGGACAACAUCAAGUACCUGAAGGGCAACACGGCCGCCAACAAGAUGAAUGUCGUACCACUUGAUCCUCCCAUCGAAGCGAAGUGUAUCCGCAUCAACCCGACUGCGUUCAACAAGCAGAUUAGCCUACGAUUCGAGUUGUAUGGCUGCGCAUCGUCCAAUCCAACUCCUGCAGCUCUUCUAAAGAGUCGUACCUUUCUUCUGGAUACAGCCACCAAUACCAUCUAUGCUUGCAACAUCCCAAUGCUCAAGAAAAGUGGCCAAGCAAGUUGUUACUAUUCGUCGGACAGCGGCACCGCUUGGACAGCUUUCGAUCAUAACGUACUAAACAUCAAGAUGAUCAACCCUGACAACAAACGUAUCUACGGACUUGGACUCCGUGGUAGCCACUUCAGUUGCACCGCUCAACUAACCAUCGAAUGCAUGAUGAUCUCAGCGGCUGAGUACGACAAAGUGAAAGUUCUUCCAGGAGUGAUCUUCGCAAAGGAAGCCAACAAGAUUUCUGUCACUGAUGAUCCGAACUCCAAGAUUCCAGUAGAAGCGGAUUCGUUCACUCACGAUGGGAAGAAACUGGGAGCAUCUCCUCUUGGCAUUCAUUGGUACGAUGGCGCAUGGAAUCAAAAGACAUCCUGGGCUUUUGGCGGUAAGUGUGUCUGAUAACUGCGUGAACGUGAAUAAUUCCUUGUCGGACUUUGAAGACGAAUGUUGUCCAAUUGAUAAUGAUCAAUCAUCAGCACCACAGAUAAUAAACUGAACAUUAGGCACCAAUAUAACAAGACGUUAAAAUAGAUCAAUAGGAUGGAAUCAGUAAGGCACAAGUACCCUUCGUGGUCAGUCAGGCCACGCAUGCGUAGACUGCUUGUAGGCCCCGCCAGAAUGGAUAAUUCUGCACUGCCCCUAGUCAGAGGUCGUAGAGCCAAUAUUUACUUGCACUAUUUUUAAUGUCUUCUCUAGACACCUACGGGUACGAGACUGGAACUAUGCGUGCCUAACUGAUGCAGGCGACUACCCCAUUUCUGUAACCACCCCACCCUCUUCCCCGUCUGCUUGUAGCUACAACAAUCACUCCCCCCCCCCCCCCAAUCCUUCCACCAACAAUCAUAGGGUCUCAAAAUGUACGAGACGAUUGUCCUUUUAUUCGUUUACCAGAAUGCUGCAUCGCCAUUAACUUUAUAAGUUUAAAAAGUAGUUAAAUUGCGUGUUGCAUCACAUCAAUAGGAUGUGUUUUUAGGUUCAUAUACCUAAGUUGUGUGGUAUAUGUUUGCAUGACAGUUUUAAUGUGCACAACGAUGACUGAAAUAAUAUUUCAAAUAAAUACACAAAAAAUACAAUCAA